AUGGCAAUGCUACCUCCUCCGGGACCACAGAGCUUUGUCCAUUUCACAAAACAGUCUCUCGCCCUUAUUGAACAACGCAUUGCUGAAGGGAAAGCAAAAGAUCCCAAAGAAGAAAAGAAAGAUGAUGAAGAAGAAGGGCCAAAGCCAAGCAGUGAUUUGGAAGCUGGUAAACCACUCCCCUUCAUCUAUGGAGAUAUUCCUCCAGGAAUGGUGUCCAACCCUCUGGAGGACCUGGAUCCCUACUACUCAGAUAAAAAAACAUUCAUAGUGUUGAACAAAGGAAAAGUAAUAUUCCGUUUCAAUGCCACACCUGCUCUGUACAUUUUAUCUCCUUUUAAUCUUCUGAGAAGACUAUCUAUUAAGAUUUUAGUACACUCCUUAUUCAGCAUGCUUAUCAUGUGCACUAUUCUGACGAACUGCAUAUUCAUGACCAUGAGUAACCCUCCUGAUUGGACCAAGAAUGUAGAGUACACGUUCACUGGAAUAUAUACUUUUGAAUCACUUGUAAAAAUCCUUGCAAGAGGUUUCUGUAUAGGAGAAUUCACCUUCCUUCGUGACCCUUGGAACUGGCUCGAUUUUGUCGUCAUUGUUUUUGCGUAUUUAACAGAAUUUGUAAACCUAGGCAAUGUUUCAGCUCUUCGAACUUUCAGAGUCUUGAGAGCUUUGAAAACUAUUUCUGUAAUUCCAGGCUUGAAGACCAUUGUGGGGGCUCUGAUCCAGUCGGUGAAGAAGCUCUCAGACGUCAUGAUCCUGACCGUGUUCUGUCUGAGUGUGUUUGCUCUCAUUGGGCUGCAGCUCUUCAUGGGCAACCUGAAGCAUAAAUGUUUUCGAAAUACACUGGAAAAUAAUGAAACCUUAAAGAGCAUUAUGGAAACCUUCACUGAGGAAGAAGAUUAUAAAAAGUAUUUUUACUACUUGGAAGGAUCCAAAGAUGCUCUCCUUUGUGGUUUCAGUGGAGAUUCAGGUCAGUGUCCAGAAGGGUAUGUAUGUGUGAAGGCUGGAAGAAACCCUGAUUAUGGCUACACAAGUUUUGAUACGUUCAGUUGGGCCUUCUUGGCCUUGUUUAGGCUAAUGACUCAGGAUUACUGGGAAAAUCUUUACCAGCAGACACUGCGUGCUGCUGGGAAAACUUACAUGAUUUUCUUCGUUGUAGUUAUUUUUCUGGGUUCCUUUUAUCUCAUAAAUUUGAUCCUGGCUGUGGUUGCUAUGGCCUAUGAAGAACAGAAUCAAGCAAACAUUGAAGAAGCUAGGCAGAAAGAGUUAGAAUUUCAACAGAUGCUAGAUCAUCUUAAAAAAGAACAAGAAGAAGCUGAGGCAAUAGCAGCAGCAGCUGUUGAAUACACAAGUAUUGGGAGAAGCAGAAUUAUGGGCCUUUCAGAGAGUUCUUCUGAAACAUCCAAACUGAGCUCUAAGAGUGCUAAAGAAAGAAGAAACAGGAGAAAGAAAAAGAAUCAAAAGAAACUCUCUAGUGGUGAAGAAAAGGGAGAUGGUGAAAAACUGUCUAAAUCCGAAUCUGAAGAAAGUAUCAAGAGAAAAAGUGUGUAUCUUGAGGUUGAAGGACCUCGGCGAGCACGAGAAAAGAGAUUAUCCACUCCCAAUCAGUCCCCGCGCAGUUUCCAUGGCUCCUUGUUUUUUGCAAGGCGUAGCAGCAGGACAAGUCUCUUCAGUUUCAAGGGCCGGGGAAGAGACCUAGGUUCCGAGACUGAAUUUGCUGAUGAUGAGCACAGCAUUUUUGGAGACAAUGAAAGCCGAAGGGGCUCACUGUUUGUGCCUCACAGAGCACCGGAGCGGCGCAGCAGUAACAUCAGUCAAGCCAGUAGGUCCCCCCCAAUGCUGCCGGUGAACAGGAAGAUGCACAGUGCCGUGGACUGCAAUGGUGUGGUCUCCUUGGUUGAUGGACCCUCAGCCCUCAUGCUCCCCAAUGGACAGCUUCUACCAGAGGUGAUAAUAGAUAAGGCAACUUCUGAUGAAAGCGGCACAACCAGUCAAACUCAUAAGAAAAGGCGAUCCAGUUCUUAUCUUCUUUCUGAGGAUAUGUUGAACGAUCCCCAUCUCCGACAAAGAGCAAUGAGCAGGGCAAGCAUACUAACAAACACUGUGGAAGAACUUGAAGAAUCCAGACAAAAAUGCCCACCUUGGUGGUACAGAUUUGCACGCACUUUUUUGAUCUGGAAUUGUUCUCCAUAUUGGAUAAAAUUUAAAAAGUUGAUCCAUUUCAUUGUAAUGGAUCCUUUCGUAGAUCUUGCCAUAACUAUUUGCAUUGUUUUAAACACAUUAUUUAUGGCUAUGGAACAUCACCCAAUGACUGAAGAAUUCAAAAAUAUGCUUAUUGUGGGAAAUUUGGUCUUCACUGGGAUCUUUGCAGCUGAAAUGGUUUUAAAAUUAAUUGCCAUGGAUCCAUAUGAAUAUUUCCAAGUAGGUUGGAAUAUUUUUGACAGCUUCAUUGUGACAUUAAGUAUAGUAGAGCUUUUUCUAAAUGAUGUGGAAGGAUUGUCUGUUCUUCGAUCUUUCAGAUUGCUCCGAGUUUUCAAAUUGGCAAAAUCCUGGCCGACUCUGAACAUGCUGAUAAAGAUCAUUGGUAACUCAGUGGGGGCACUAGGCAACCUCACCCUGGUACUGGCCAUCAUCGUCUUCAUCUUUGCCGUGGUCGGCAUGCAGCUUUUUGGUAAGAGCUACAAGGAUUGUGUCUGCAAGAUCAAUGAGGACUGCACGCUCCCACGCUGGCACAUGAACGACUUCUUCCACUCCUUCCUGAUCGUGUUCCGCGUGCUGUGUGGGGAGUGGAUAGAGACCAUGUGGGACUGUAUGGAGGUCGCUGGCCAAGCCAUGUGCCUUAUUGUUUACAUGAUGGUCAUGGUGAUCGGAAACCUAGUGGUCCUGAACCUAUUUCUGGCUUUAUUAUUGAGUUCAUUUAGCUCAGACAACCUAACAGCAAUUGAGGAAGACACAGAUGCAAACAACCUCCAGAUUGCAGUAGCCAGGAUUAAAAGAGGAAUAAAUUACGUGAAACAAACCUUACGUGAGUUUAUUCUAAAAGCCUUUUCCAAAAAGCCAAAGAUUACCAAGGACAUAAAGCAAACAGAGAACCAAAAUGGCAAAAAGGAAACCUCCAAUUCUAACCGUACCCUUGCAGAGAUGAGCAAAGAUCUCAAUUUUCAUAAAGAAAAAGAUAAAGUCAGUGUUUUUGGAAGCAGUAUGGACAAAUACCUCAUGGAAGAAAGUGACUGUCAAUCGUAUAUUCAUAACCCCAGCCUCACAGUGACGGUACCAAUUGCACCUGGCGAGUCAGAUUUGGAAAAUAUGAAUACUGAAGAACUGAGCAGUGACUCAGAUAGUGAAUACAGCAAAGUGAGAAUGAACCGCUCAAGUUCUUCUGAAUGCAGCACUGUGGACAACCCUGUGCCAGGAGAAGGAGAAGAGGCAGAAGCUGAACCCCUAAAUUCAGAUGAGCCCGAGGCCUGUUUCACGGAUGGCUGUGUACGCAGGUUCCCAUGCUGUCAAGUUAACAUAGAGUCAGGAAAAGGAAAAAUCUGGUGGAAUGUUAGGAAAACCUGCUACAAGAUAGUUGAACACAAUUGGUUUGAAAGCUUUAUUGUUCUCAUGAUCCUGCUCAGCAGUGGGGCUCUGGCUUUUGAAGAUAUAUAUAUUGAAAAAAAGAAGACCAUUAAGAUUAUUCUGGAAUAUGCUGACAAGAUAUUCACUUACGUCUUCAUUCUGGAAAUGCUUCUAAAAUGGGUUGCAUAUGGUUACAAAACUUAUUUCACCAAUGCCUGGUGUUGGCUGGAUUUCUUAAUUGUUGAUGUUUCUUUGGUUACUUUAGUUGCGAGUACUCUUGGCUACUCAGAUCUUGGCCCUAUCAAAUCCCUGCGGACACUUAGAGCCUUAAGACCUCUAAGAGCCUUGUCCAGGUUUGAAGGAAUGAGGGUGGUUGUGAAUGCGCUCAUCGGGGCAAUUCCUUCCAUCAUGAAUGUGCUGCUUGUGUGUCUUAUAUUCUGGCUAAUCUUUAGCAUCAUGGGAGUAAAUCUCUUUGCUGGAAAGUUCUACGAAUGUGUCAACACCACAGAUGGAUCAAGGUUUCCUGCAAGUCAAGUUAAAAAUCGUUCUGAUUGUUUGGACCUUAUGAAUGGUAGCCAAAAUGUGCGAUGGAAGAACUUGAAAGUGAACUUCGAUAAUGUUGGACUCGGUUACCUUUCUCUGCUUCAAGUUGCAACAUUUAAAGGAUGGAUGGAUAUCAUGUAUGCGGCUGUUGAUUCUGUUAAUGUCGAUCGGCAGCCCCAGUAUGAAUACAGCCUCUACAUGUAUAUUUAUUUUGUCAUCUUUAUCAUCUUUGGAUCAUUCUUCACUUUGAACCUGUUCAUUGGUGUCAUCAUAGAUAAUUUCAACCAGCAGAAAAAAAAGCUUGGAGGUCAAGACAUCUUUAUGACGGAAGAACAGAAAAAAUAUUACAAUGCAAUGAAAAAGCUGGGAUCCAAGAAACCACAAAAACCAAUUCCUCGACCAGGGAACAAAUUCCAAGGGUGUAUAUUUGACUUAGUGACAAACCAGGCUUUUGACAUCACCAUCAUGGUUCUUAUUUGUCUUAACAUGGUGACCAUGAUGGUAGAGAAAGAAGGCCAGAGUGACUAUAUGACCGAUGUUUUAUAUUGGAUAAAUGUGGUUUUUAUCAUCCUCUUCACUGGAGAAUGUGUCCUGAAACUGAUCUCCCUCAGACAUUACUACUUCACCAUAGGAUGGAACAUAUUUGAUUUUGUGGUUGUGAUCCUCUCCAUUGUAGGAAUGUUUUUGGCUGACAUAAUAGAAAGAUACUUUGUUUCCCCGACCCUGUUCCGAGUGAUCCGACUCGCCAGGAUCGGCCGAAUCCUGCGUCUGAUCAAAGGAGCAAAGGGAAUCCGCACGCUGCUCUUUGCGUUGAUGAUGUCGCUCCCUGCGUUGUUUAACAUCGGCCUCCUGCUCUUCCUCGUCAUGUUCAUCUACGCCAUCUUCGGAAUGUCCAACUUUGCUUAUGUUAAAAAGGAAGCUGGUAUUAAUGACAUGUUCAACUUCGAGACCUUUGGCAACAGCAUGAUCUGCCUGUUCCAAAUUACCACCUCUGCUGGCUGGGACGGCUUGCUGGCCCCUAUUCUCAACAGUGGACCACCCGACUGUGAUCCAAAAAAAGUUCAUCCCGGUAGUACAGUUGAAGGAGACUGUGGAAGCCCAUCUGUUGGGAUUUUCUACUUCGUCAGCUACAUCAUCAUCUCAUUCCUGGUGGUGGUGAACAUGUACAUCGCUGUCAUCCUGGAGAACUUCAGUGUUGCUACUGAGGAAAGUACUGAACCCUUGAGUGAGGAUGACUUCGAGAUGUUCUAUGAGGUUUGGGAGAAGUUUGAUCCCGAUGCAACGCAAUUUAUAGAAUAUAGCAAACUGUCUGAAUUUGCAGCUGCCCUGGAUCCUCCGCUUCUCAUAGCAAAACCCAACAAAGUCCAGCUCAUUGCCAUGGAUCUGCCCAUGGUCAGCGGUGACCGAAUUCAUUGUCUUGACAUCUUAUUUGCUUUUACAAAGCGUGUUUUGGGUGAAGGUGGAGAGAUGGAUUCUCUUCGUUCACAAAUGGAAGAAAGGUUCAUGUCUGCAAAUCCUUCUAAAGUCUCCUAUGAACCCAUCACAACUACACUAAAACGGAAACAAGAGGAUGUAUCUGCUACUGUCAUUCAGCGUGCUUACAGACAUUACCGCUUACGGAAAAAUGUUAAAAAUAUAUCAAGUAUAUAUUUAAAAGAUGGAGACAGAGAUGAUAAUCUGCCCAAUAAAGAGGAUUUGGAUUUAGAUAAUGUUAAUGAAAACUCAAGUCCAGAUAAAAUCAAUGUGACCCCAUCUACUGCCUCUCCACCUUCAUAUGAUAGUGUGACAAAGCCAGGCAAUGAGAAAUAUGAAACAGACAAAACAGAAAAGGAAGACCAAGAGAAAGACGGCAAGGAAAGCAAACAGUAG